CUGGACGGGAGGGAGUUUCGUUUCCGCGAAUAUCCCAAAAAAGUGGAACUAAGGGGUGGGGAGAUAGGGAGCCACCGGGCGGCCGGCGGCAGCGGCUUGGGCAGACGGAGCCCGGCGGUCGGCGGAGAAGGAAGCCCAGCUCGACACCGCUUCCCCGAACAUGCGGCCCUCCCCGGCCUUCCUGUUCUGGGGGGCCGCGCUGGUCCUGGGGCUGCCGACAGCCCAGGGCUCCCAGUGCAGGGCCAACUGUCCCCACAAAAAGUCAGCCACCCUGGUGCCAUCCUUUACCGUGACGCCCACGGCGACCAGCGGCCCCACCACCACGGCGCAUCAGACCACCUCUGACCACGGCACCACCACCAGCCACGAGACCACUACUAGUCAGGGGACCAGCACGCCUCACACCACCACCACCGGCCACCAGACCACUAGCCACGGGUCCAGCACGCCUCACACCACCACCGGCCACCAGACCACUAGUCACAGGACCAGCACGCCUCACACCACCACCACCACCGGCCACCGGACCACCAGUCACAGGACCAGCACGCCUCACACCACCACCACCGGUCACGGGACCACCACCGGCCACCGGACCACUAGUCACGGGACCAGCACGCCUCACACCACCACCACCGGCCACGGGACCACCACCGGCCACCAGAACACCAGUCACAGUACUACCACUAGUCACGGGACCAGCACGCCUCACAAAACGACCACCAGACACCCAACCACCAGCCAUGGGACCACCACUAGUCACGGGACCAGCACUGGGCACUGGACCGCCAGGCCCACCAUCCGGCCCGGGCCGCCCCCGCCCCCUCCGAGCCCCGGGAAGGCCGUGGGCAACUACACCGUCUUCAACGGCUCCCAGCCCUGCCUGCGUCUUCGGGCCGAAAUCCGGCUCUGGGUCUUGUACCAGGCCCAGGAAGAAGGGGAGGUGCAGAGGGUGGGGGGGCCCCGCCGUCUCUGGGGCAGCAUGGUCCUGUCACCCAAAAGCACGAACGUGUCGGGGAGCUGUGAGGGGUUCAGCAGCAAUCUGGAACUUUCCUUCCCCCAAGGGAAGCUGAACUUUAGCUUCCGGCAGGACUCCAUGCAGGACACCGUAUACCUACACAACACUCAAGUCCACCUGCAAGUGGCAUUUCCCCACAGCAGCGUCUGGGACUUUAAGUUCAACACCUCCCUGCGAGCCCUGGAGGCCCCACUGGGCCGCAGCUUCCUCUGCAGCAAUGCCAGCCUGGACUUGAACCCCACCCUCGGCCUCCACCUCCUCUCCCUGCAACUCCAGGCUGCCCAGCUGCCCAACUCCACGGACUUCAGCCAAGCCGUGACCUGCCCCGGGGACAGGAGUUCCCUGGUGCCACUCGUGGUGGGCCUGAUCCUACUGGCCCUCAUCCUCCUCGCCCUCAUCGCCUUCUGCGUCUCCCGCCACCACCGCCGGACGGCCAGCUACCAGCCCCUGUGAGCCGCAGCCGCCCCUCGACCCCUGCCCCCGGGCCCUUCCCGGGAAAGAGCGGCAGAGGCCGGCACGGGGAAGGAGUACGGGCUUUAUUGGGGAUCCGGGGCUGAGACCACCUCUCCCCCCGACCCCGCCUCAUCCAGGAAGGGCGGGAGGGCAGCCGCUCGCCCGCUCUACCGGGCACGAUUAAAAACUGUGACCUCUGUA